AUGGCCAGAAAAACCUCACCACCAUCUCCUCCAAAGCUUCCAAUAAUAGGAAAUCUCCAUCAACUUGGCACUCUCACUCACCGAACUCUCCAUUCCUUUGCUCAAACCUAUGGCCCUUUAAUGUUACUUCACUUUGGAAAGGUGCCAGUUCUUGUGGUCUCAACGGCCGAGGCAGCCCGUGAGGUUAUGAAAACCCAUGACCUUGUUUUCUCAAAUAGACCACAUCGUAAGCUGUUUGGUAUCUUCUUGUACGAUUCCAAAGAUGUGGCAUCUGCUCCAUAUGGCAACUACUGGAGGCAGAUAAGGAGUAUCAGUGUCUUGCAUCUUCUCAGUGCAAAAAAGGUUAAAUCCUUUGGUGCAGUGAGAGAAGAGGAAAUAUCCAUAAUGAUGGAUAAGAUUAAGCAGUGUUGUUGUUCUGUGACGCCUGUGAAUUUAACUGAUUUAUUUUCUACUGUCACAAAUGACAUAGUGUGCAGAGCUGCUCUCGGAAGGAGAUACAGUGGAGGAGAAGGGAAUUCUUCUCGUAGGUGUGGUAAGACGUAUACGGUUCAUUGGGUUAGAGUAAUAGGUUUUGGGUUGUGA